AGUGAAUGAGAAAUAGCAAGCAUGAGCAUCACACGGUUGCAGCUUCUCCACCCAUUACUACCCAUUAGACCGCCUUCCAAACUCACACACUCACCCUUUUAUGCCCCCAAAUUCUUGACCUCCACUCUCACCGCUCAUUGCUUUAGUACCUCGCCCACACAAUCCCAAGAGAGGCGUGAUGGGUCAAUUGUCGGCGAUCUUCUUGAUUAUCUCAAUGAGUCUUGGACUCACUUUCAUGCCACUGCGGAAGCGAAAAGGCAACUUAUUGAUGCUGGAUUUCAUUUGCUUAAUGAAAAUGAUGAAUGGGAUCUAAAGCCUGGUGGGCGUUACUUCUUUACAAGAAAUAUGUCUUGCUUGGUUGCUUUUGCUAUUGGGGAGAAGUAUACUGUUGGGAAUGGUUUUCAUGUGAUAGCUGCUCACACAGACAGCCCUUGCUUGAAACUCAAGCCAAAAUCUGCGUCAUCCAAAUCAAAUUGUCUUAUGGUCAAUGUGCAGACUUAUGGAGGUGGCUUAUGGCAUACUUGGUUUGAUAGAGACUUGAGUGUUGCAGGAAGGGUAAUAGUGAAAGGUACUGAUGGUUCUUUUAUUCAAAAGCUUGUCAAAGUAGAAAGACCUUUAUUACGAGUGCCAACACUUGCCAUUCAUCUUGACCGUACAGUAAACACAGAUGGGUUCAAACCAAAUCUAGAGACUCAUCUUGUUCCACUAUUUGCAAUAAAACCUGAGGAAACGUCUCAAGAGUCAAAAGAUGAAAAUACUGUACUUCAGUCAAAAUCUGUUCACCAUCCUCUGCUAAUGCAGAUUCUAGCUGAAGAGCUGAGCUGCAGAACUGAUGACAUUGUAAGCAUUGAGUUAAAUAUUUGUGAUACUCAAGCUAGCUGCCUUGGUGGUGGAAACAAUGAAUUUAUUUAUUCCGGUAGAUUAGACAAUCUUGCUUCAAGCUUCUGUGCAUUACGAGCUCUUAUUGAUUCAUGCAAAGUGUCCAGUGAUCUUUCAAAUGAACCUGCAAUGCGGAUGGUUGCUUUAUUUGAUAAUGAAGAGGUUGGUUCAAGUUCAGUACAGGGAGCUGGUGCUCCAACCAUGUUUCAGGCCAUGAGACGAAUAGUUGGAUGCUUAACUCAUAAUAAAGUUGGUGAAGGUGCCGUUGAGCGUACCAUUCGUCAAUCUUUUCUUGUGUCCGCAGACAUGGCUCAUGGAGUUCACCCAAAUUUUAUGGACAAGCAUGAGGAACACCAUAGGCCAGAAAUGCAAAAGGGACUUGUUAUCAAACAUAACGCAAACCAGCGAUAUGCUACAAAUGGGAUCACAGCUUUUCUCUUUAAAGAAGUUGGCAACAUCCUCAAGCUUCCAACCCAGGAAUUUGUUGUAAGAAAUGAUAUGGGAUGCGGGUCUACAAUUGGUCCUAUACUUGCAUCUGGAGUUGGCAUCCGUACUGUUGACUGCGGCAUUCCUCAGCUUUCCAUGCACAGUGUAAGAGAAGUAUGUGCAAAGGAUGAUAUAGAUACUGCUUACAAGCAUUUCAAGGCAUUCUUCCAAUACUUUUCAAGCAUUGACAAGAAGCUACAAGUGGAUUAAGAACUUCUGAUAUUUUUAAUAUCCUCUGGAUUAUGUAUAGAUUCAAUUGUUUUUUUUUUUUUCAAUUGUUGGCAUGCAUAACCUUGAUCACAUAAAAAGAAAGAUAUGUGAAGAUAAUUUGCUGAAAGGAAGGAAAAAAAGUAAUACUUUAUUUA